UGGUCAAAUCGAAAUCUAGCAAUUGGAUUUCAUUUAGGGUUGGUUCUCUUUCCUCUCCGCACGAACGAACGGUUACGAGUUUCUCCUUCUCUCUGUGAUCUGAUAUGGCGCAAGACGAUCAAUCGGCGGCGAGAUCUACCGGAACAGUUAACUGGUUCAGCGAUGCCAAAGGCUAUGGUUUCAUCGCUCCGGACGAUGGCGGAGACGAGCUUUUCGUUCAUCAGUCCUCGAUCGUCUCCGACGGUUUCCGAACCUUGACUGUUGAUGAGCCGGUUGAGUACGCGAUCGCGAUUGGAAACGACGGAAAGACCAAGGCCGUCGAUGUCACUGCUCCCGGCGGCGGAUCUCUCAACAAGAAGGAAAUGAGCUCCCGCGGAAACGGCGGUAGCUGUUUCAGUUGCGGCGAGGUUGGCCAUAUGGCGAAGGAUUGCGCCGGUGGAAAAAGAUACGGAGGCGGAGGGCGUAGAUCCGGUGGCGAAGGCUCUUGCUACGUGUGCGGUAAUGUAGGACAUUUCGCUAGGGAUUGUAGGCAGAACGCCGGUGGAAACAGCGGAGGCGGAGGCGGAGUCGAGUGUUACAAUUGCGGAGUGGUUGGUCAUAUGGCGAAGGAUUGUCGCGGUGGGAACAGAUACGGUGGCCGUGGAUCUGGCGGUGAGGGAUGCUACACGUGUGGCGAUGUGGGGCAUUUCGCUAGGGAUUGCAGGGCAAACGGCGGUGGAAACGUCGGCGGUGGCGGUGGAAACACUUGCUAUACGUGUGGCGGAGUUGGCCACAUGGCUAGAGUUUGCACAAGCAGGAGAUCGUCCGGUACUGGUGGUGGUGGUGCUUGCUACGAGUGUGGAGGCAUUGGUCACUUGGCACGUGACUGUGAUCGUAGAGGAAGCGGAAGAAGUGGCGGAGGUGGUGGCAAGUGUUUCACAUGCGGGGAGGAAGGUCACUUUGCAAGGGACUGCUCUUCGCUUGCUUAACAAAGAAAAAGAAAAGUAAUGUUGAUAAAUUUCUUUUGUUUUCUAUUCAAAUGGUGACUAUGAAUGUGAUAGCUAGAGUUGUUUCUGUUGAUGUUUAUUGGGAGUUAGUUUAUCAUCUCUAUAUUGCUCCUAUAUGACAGGUUCUUGACUGUUUUUGUUGAUGCCAUAACCCAUAAGUGUGUGAACUUGAAUGAUAGUGUGAUUGCAUUAGUUGAAGUUUCUUUGUCCUUCUUUACAA